CGAUUGAACACGACAUCAUAUUCAAUGAGAAAAUAUCGUUCUAUAUUAUAGAGUAUCAAACAAAAUAUUCGCUUCAUAAUAAAUUUUUAUUUAUAACAUAUUACGUUUAAGAUAUCGGAAGUUACUGCUCACUGUGAAUCUGAAGUCACGAAAUCCUCUGCUUCACAUCGACACUGAACCAGAGAACAACUACUAUUCCUCAGUUUCCAAAAUGCUCACAUUCUUCGAAGUAUAAUAACUCUUGAUUUCAUGUUUGUUAAACAAAACAUAUCAUGUCAUCAUUAGCUGUCAAUCCUCACUAGUGUUAUUAUUGUUUGGAGACGAGUAAAUUUAAUAAACUGCUGUCUGCAUCCAGCUACAACGAAAAUGGUGUCUAUCAGAUGUGUGCUUUUGCUGAUCACAUGUUUGUGUAUAGCAGGUACUAUUCUCCUGUGGUUGUUUAGCAACAAAUUUGUUGAUCAGUAUUCACUGGCCGGUGCAGUUUGUGAGAAUCACUACUUCAGAGAGUGUACACAAUCUGGAAGUCUGUGGCUUAAGUGUAUUGAAGAGUUGGACAGUCUAGUCAGGCAACAGGAGUCAGCUUCAAGAGAAAUUAUAUCAACUUGGCCACCAGGUUCAAUUACUCAUUUAAUUGACAACCGGUUACCAGUAGUUAACCUUGCUUUGAACAUUCCCUUUGCGAAAAACGCUGAGAAUCCACUUGAUAAUAGAUAUUAUCGUCAGUACUUAGAGCUCAUCUCGAACAAAAGUGUUGAGCGUAGUCGGGGCAGUUGGCUAGCAGCUUCUCAGAAGAGACUGGCUAGCGCCGUGCUCAGUUCGUCGGAUUAUUUUCUGUAUCCUCAGACUUUGAAUUUCGCUGAGGUUAUAUCGGAUGCUGAGAAAGGGAUUCCUAUCAAAACACUGCCAAUAAACAAUCCAGAACUGUUCGUUUUUCGAUCACCAAAACGUACAUGCAAUCCAUGCCAGAAAGAAAUCGUGCCAGAUCUAGUCGUCGUCAUCAAGUCUUGCACAUACUGUACCGAAAAACGUUCACGUGUGCGACAAACAUUUAUGCAGAAACACUUGUGGACAGGCAUCAAUGUUCAGUUCGUCUUUGUUGUAGGCAUACCGUAUCCUGGUGAGUCAAACAUAUUUGUAAUUGAUGGAUAUAAACACAGACUGAAACACUUUUGGUGGACAUCGUCGAAGAAGCAUGAUAAUGAGAAGUGGACAUUCAUGAAACGACUUGUUAGAGAGGCUGAUCAAUACGAAGAUCUCCUGGUUGGCUUUUUUCAUGACACAUACUUCAACUUGACUACGAAGCUGAUAUUUACUGUGCGUUGGCUAUCAGCAUUUUGUUCUGAACAGAUUCCAUUGUUUCUUUUCAUUGAUGAUGAUUAUGAUUUGGUUCCGAGAAAUGUUGUAAAGUUCUAUAGGAGUCAUUCGAAGGAAUAUCUCAGAAGUUUGACUGGUGGGUAUGUGUUUUCGUCAUCUGAAGUGUUGAGACCAGAAUCAAGAGAAGAGAUUAAUGGUUUGUGGGCACUUACAAUGACAGAAUUCCCAUGGAAGAGAUUUCCUUCAUAUUUUCAAGGAGCUACGUAUAUUUUAGGUUCAAGUAUUGUAAAGCGUGUGGCUGUCGCCAGUGCUUUUACUAAACAUAUGCGUAUUGAUGACGCCUUUCUUGGUAUAGUAUUGAACAAACUAAAUAUUCAACUCAAAAGUUUGAGCAUCGUACCUUUUUAUUUCCAAGAAGAUGAUAUAUUAACAGAUGUUAUCAGUUUGCCGGCAAGUGUAAGUACAGAUUUAAUGGACUGGGAAACGGGUAGUUUUAAAUAAUGGAAUUAAUUAACCAUUGGUUUAUAAUUGAAGGAAUUUAUUUUGAGAAUUUUGACUGGUUUCCGUAUCAUUGAAGUUUGAAGCUGACGAUUAUCGUUUAGUUUAUUGGUUGCGUUUCCAGGGUCAUUUCACUUACACAUUUAGUGAUUUUCAAUGUAAUUUCUUAAUAUUUGGAAGUGCUUUAUAUUUGCAAAUGUGCAUUUUCUGAUUUCCCAACUGUAUAGUGUUCAGUUUUUUUCUUAACACCAUUUUGUUUUCAUAUUUUUCAUAUUUUAUUAGACUGAAUUACCAUUAUGAAUAAAUAAAUUCCUUGCCGUUUUGCUUUUAAUUACACUGAUUAAAUACGAGUUCUUGGCCUUUUUAUUUAUAUACGAUCUCAUGGCAACAAUGA